AUGUAUACCGAUAACUGGUAUACCAGUGUAGAUUUAGCAGACAAAUUACCUGAUUCAGAGACGCAUCUGGUUGGUAUGCUCCGCAAAAAUAGAAAGAGAUUGCCGCAAGAAGUUACUGAAACGAAGCUCAAACUUGGUGAAUACAUUUCUAGAGAGAAUCAAAGGGGUAUAACCGUUAUGAAGUGGCGAGAUAAACGCGAAGUACUUCUGCUGUCUACAAAACACUCUAACAUACUAAAAGAAAGUACGAGUAAACGGGGUCUUGUUACCAAGAAACCCAAAAUUAUUUUGUCGUACAACCAAGCGAAGUCGGCCGUAGACCUGUCUGAUCAAAUGUCAGCAUAUUCGACACCAUUGCGUAAGACAGUAAAAUGGUAUCGAAAACUUGCUUGGAAAAGUUUCGAGUCCAAAAAUAAUACACCAACAAAUAUAGUUCUUAAUCUUUGUAGUAACCUGUUCAAUAAAGGACACACUAUGUAUACCGAUAACUGGUAUACCAGUGUAGAUUUAGCAGACAAGUUACCUGAUUCAGAGACGCAUCUGGUUGGUAUGCUCCGCAAAAAUAGAAAGAGAUUGCCGAAAGAAGUUACUGAAACGAAGCUCAAACUUGGUGAAUACAUUUCUAGAGAGAAUCAAAGGGGUAUAACCGUUAUGAAGUGGCGAGAUAAACGCGAAGUACUUCUGCUGUCUACAAAACACUCUAACAUACUAAAAGAAAGUACGAGUAAACGGGGUCUUGUUACCAAGAAACCCAAAAUUAUUUUGUCGUACAACCAAGCGAAGUCGGCCGUAGACCUGUCUGAUCAAAUGUCAGCAUAUUCGACACCAUUGCGUAAGACAGUAAAAUGGUAUCGAAAACUUGCUUGGAAAAGUUUCGAGUCCAAAAAUAAUACACCAACAAAUAUAGUUCUUAAUCUUUGUAGUAACCUGUUCAAUAAAGGACACACUAUGUAUACCGAUAACUGGUAUACCAGUGUAGAUUUAGCAGACAAGUUACCUGAUUCAGAGACGCAUCUGGUUGGUAUGCUCCGCAAAAAUAGAAAGAGAUGGCCGAAAGAAGUUACUGAAACGAAGCUCAAACUUGGUGAAUACAUUUCUAGAGAGAAUCAAAGGGGUAUAACCGUUAUGAAGUGGCGAGAUAAACGCGAAGUACUUCUGCUGUCUACAAAACACUCUAACAUACUAAAAGAAAGUACGAGUAAACGGGGUCUUGUUACCAAGAAACCCAAAAUUAUUUUGUCGUACAACCAAGCGAAGUCGGCCGUAGACCUGUCUGAUCAAAUGUCAGCAUAUUCGACACCAUUGCGUAAGACAGUAAAAUGGUAUCGAAAACUUGCUUACAAGCCAUAA